AUGGGUUUCGCCGACUUCCUCCAGGAUGCUGGUCUGACUGUCCUCAACAGCUGGUUGACCACUCGAUCCUACAUCGUCGGAUGGCAUGCUCUGCCGCCUCGGCUGCUCCUCAUCUCGCAUCGCGGGAGAAAGAAAAGGAAAAGACUCGACGCGAUUCCCUUCCUGCCCUUUGAUGAUGAGAACAAUUGUUACGCCGCCUCCCAAGCCGAUGUUGCCUGCUUCAAGGCCCUGGAGGAGAGUCCCGACGCCGCCAAAUACCCCCACGCCGCUCGCUGGUGGAAGCACAUCGCCUCGUACGAGGCCGACUUCGCGACCCUGCCCGGUGAUGCCUCCAAGCCUUACACCGUCUACGGCCCCGACGUCGUUGCAGCCACUCUGAACCCCGCCAAGGCGCCCGCCGCCGAGGAGGAGGAUGACGACGUCGACCUUUUCGGCAGUGACGACGAGGAGGAGGAUGCCGAGACCGCCCGUAUCCGCGAGGAGCGCGUGGCUGCCUACAAGGAGAAGAAGGCUGCCAAGCCCAGGGCUGCUGCCAAGUCCGUCGUUGUCAUGGAUGUGAAGCCCUGGGAUGACGAGACCGACAUGAAGGCCCUGGAGGCGUCCGUCCGUGGCAUUGAGAAGGACGGUCUGGUUUGGGGUGCCUCUAAGCUGGUGCCCGUCGGUUACGGUGUCAGAAAGCUGGAGAUCAGCCUGGUCGUUGAGGACGAGAAGAUCUCUCUUCAGGACCUCGAGGAUGAGAUUGCCGGCUUCGAGGACUACGUCCAGUCUACCGAUAUCGCUGCUAUGCAAAAGCUGUAA